AUGAACUAUGAGGCAGAAAGAGCUAUGAAUCAAAAACGGUUGAGGAUGGAGGGUGAACCGGGGCACGGUGUUGUCCAGGGAAAUGGAUUACCGCUAAAUUAUAUAGACAAUGGUCAUCAGAUACCUUAUCAGCCGUAUGCGGGUGCAUAUAAUACACAUUAUCCGCCACCUGACGCUUUUGCAGCAUAUGGACCUCCUCCACCUGGAGGUUAUGCCCCACAAAAUCUGUCAUAUGCACCACCUGCACACCAAAACUAUGCUCAUCACCAGAGUUUCCCACCUCAGCAACCUCCGCAGGCUCAAUUACAUAUGCCACAGUCACAUAUGGUACAAGGAUAUGGAGCAGAUGUUAUUCACAAACCAACGUGGGCGCCGCAGCCACAACUCCUAGCACCUUUGGAUGCACAGAAACCACUGGAUGUUAAACAUCUAAAGCCUGAGAUCAAACUUGAACCCGCAGAUGCACAUAAACGAGCGCAUCCAGAUGCUGAGAUAAUGGGUGGUGACCUAGAUCAGCCGAAAAUAAAAAUAAAAACGGAUAUAUUUAAGCCUGACGACUUAGCUCACAGACCCGAUAUUGACAAGGCACAUGAUAUUUCCCAAAAACCACUUGAUGUGGUGCAGAAACCACCAGAAUUGCAAAAUAAGGAUGAAACUCAACCUACCCUCGUUUCUGAGAGCAUACCUGGGGAUAAACCAAUUGAAGCAGUGCAAUUGGAUGCAACGGAAAAGGUCCCGGGUGACAUAUCACGACCGGCGGAUAUUGUAGCCAAACCAAUUGACAAAAGUGAAGAAGAAAAGAAACUGUUCAGCAGUCCCGAAGCGUCAAAACCUGGAGCGACACCUGGGAAAAUACUUACGCCUGGUCUAGAGCCGAAGAAACGCGGGCGUCCUAAAGGCUCGACCAACAAGCCGAAGCCCCCGGGUACGCCCGUUCGCGGGGUGGCGCCGGCGCCGGGCGUGAGCCCGCUGCGCGGCGCGGGCCCGGGGACGCCCGUGCCGCGCACGCCCGGUCUUGCGCCGCGCCCGCGCGCGCCACACUACCAGUACGCCGUGAGGCCCAGCAGGAAGGACUUCUCCGGGAUACAGUUCAAGAGGCGAUGGAGCGACGACUGUUUGGACUCUUCUCACAUUCCGAACGAGGUGUACUUCGGCGAUGUUCCGGUGCCUUUAGAAGUGCUGUACAACUACUACGAUGCGAACGCCGAACGCGAACGCUUGGCGGCCCAUGCCGCUCAAAUCGCCGCGCAGAAAGCCGCCGCCGCGAAAUUGGCCGCCGCUAAGUUGCAGUCGCGCGGGAUUGUCUCCAGUGAGGUGACAACUGUGGAUUCAUCAUCAUCAGACGACUCUUCGGGCUCAUCAGGGAGCGGGUCAGAAGAGAGUGAUGACGAUCAACCACUUAAACGUGGUCCGGGACGACCGAAGGGCUCAAAGAACUCUAGUCCACGAGCACCAGGUACACCGGGAACGCCAGGGCGACGGGGUCGACCCCCAGUCCCUCCAGAGUUACGGCAGCCUGGAAUAACCGACAUGAAGAAAUUCUGCAAGGCCGCCGGUAUAAGAUUUGAUUACAAGAAACUGGUUGAAGGUUGCACAAAAAACAAGGAGCGGGUCGCGAAAAUGCUUGAGCUUUUGGUCGCGGCGGGCUUGGAAGGCAAGCCCACGUUAGAAAAGUGUAAAGCGUUGAAGCAAGCUAAGUUAGACAAGAAAGAGCAGGAGAAAUUAGCCAAGAAGGAAGCUAAAGCCAAGCACAAAGACGAAAACGAAACGAAAUUGUCCAGACACGUCGAGCGUGUCGCGGCGCAUGACGCGCGGCGCGACGGGCGUGAAGCCUCGCCAGCGCAUCGUGAUCUCUUCGGACGAGGAGGACGACACGCCGGCCGCGCGCCGCACGCUCUCCAAGCUGCGCUCCAGCGUCAACGACGACUCCGACUAGGUGAGUGUGCACAGCACACACGCACACACGUCGCGCGACGUGAUCUCUUCGGACAAGGAGGACGACACGCCGGCCGCGCACCGCACGCUCUCCAAGCUGCGCUCCAGCGUCACCGACGACUCCGACUAGGUGAGUGUGCACAGCACACACGCACACACGUCGCGCGACGUGAUCUCUUCGGACGAGGAGGACGACACGCCGGCCGCGCGCCGCACGCUCUCCAAGCUGCGCUCCAGCGUCAACGACGACUCCGACUAGGUGAGUGUGCACAGCACACACGCACACACGUCGCGCGACGUGAUCUCUUCGGACAAGGAGGACGACACGCCGGCGGCGCGCCGCACGCUCUCCAAGCUGCGCUCCAGCGUCAACGACGACUCCGACUAGGUGAGUGUGCACAGCACACACGCACACACGUCGCGCGACGUGAUCUCUUCGGACGAGGAGGACGACACGCCGGCCGCGCACCGCACGCUCUCCAAGCUGCGCUCCAGCGUCAACGACGACUCCGACUAGGUGAGUGUGCACAGCACACACGCACACACGUCGCGCGACGUGAUCUCUUCGGACGAGGAGGACGACACGCCGGCCGCGCGCCGCACGCUCUCCAAGCUGCGCUCCAGCGUCAACGACGACUCCGACUAGGUGAGUGUGCACAGCACACACGCACACACGUCGCGCGACGUGAUCUCUUCGGACAAGGAGGACGACACGCCGGCCGCGCGCCGCACGCUCUCCAAGCUGCGCGCCAGCGUCAACGACGACUCCGACUAGGUGAGUGUGCACAACACACACGCACACACGUCGCGCGACGUGAUCUCUUCGAACGAGGAGGACGACACGGCGGCCGCGCGCCGCACACUCUCCAAGCUGCGCUCCAGCGUCAACGACGACUCCGACUAGGUGAGAGUGCACAGCACACACGUACACACGUCGCGCGACGUGAUCUCUUCGAACGAGGAGGACGACACGCCGGCCGCGCGCCGCACGCUCUCCAAGCUGCGCUCCAGCGUCAACGACGACUCCGACUAGGUGAGAGUGCACAGCACACACGUACACACGUCGCGCGACGUGAUCUCUUCGAACGAGGAGGACGACACGCCGACCGCGUGCCGCACACUCUCCAAGCUGCGCUCCAGCGUCAACGACGACUCCGACUAGGUGAGUGUGGCACACACGCACACACGUCGCGCGACGUGAUCUCUUCGAACGAGGAGGACGACACGCCGGCCGCGCGCCGCACACUCUCCAAGCUGCGCUCCAGCGUCAACGACGACUCCGACUAG